CUGACCAUGACACCUGCUGGCGCUGAGGAAGUUUGCUGUGAGAUCCCUGCGGAGAGUGACAGGAGUCGUUAUGCCGGAGUGAACCGCAGAGACAAAGGGCGGCCAAUGUGCCUCACUCGGUUCGCUGCGCUUGUCUCUUUACAUCUGUCUUGUUUGGUACUCUUGCUAAACGCAUAUCAUCAUAAAGCAGCAGACUACCAGCACACUUCAGCUGGAGGGGAUUCUAUGGGUGGCGUUCAACAGCAGCAGCAAAUUGAAAACAAUCUAAGUGCCCAUCUGACAGCUCCAUACUCAUUUAAUCAUUCAAAAGUGAUAUACCUUGAAUGGGAGUACAACCUUGGACUUGCUCACCUUAGCGGCUUUAAGUAUCACGACUGCGACCUCAUCGUGCUCAAGGAUGGCAUGUACAUGGUUUACCUGCAGAUCACGUUCCGAAGCCCUGGUCACUUUGUGUGUAACGAGGAGGAAUCAGGUUUCAUCCUCACCCAAAAAGUAAUCCUGUUUGCAAAGGGCUACCAAAAAAACAGAGACCUGCUAACAGCAUCUGACACAGUGGACUGCAUUCCCAAAUCGAAUGACUGUCAGUCAACUGGUUCAGAGGGCUGCAAGGAGGAGUCAGGUAUUCAGUACUGGGAAAAGUCUCUCUGCACGUCCGGGGUGUUUAAACUAAAAGCUGGGGACAGGCUCAGAGUGAGGAAGGGGGACAGGUACCAUGAGCUGAUGCUCCUUCAAGAAGACAGGACAUUUUUUGGGGCACAUCACAUUUGAUGUUGUUCCCCAGAAACAACAGGUGCAGGGAUAAUAAUGGACAUAUAUAUAUAUAUAUAUAUAUAUAUAUAUAUAUAUAUAUAGCAAUGUGAUAUAAGGAGGGGCUACUCCUUUACUCUGAAAUUUCAUAAAUUUUACUCUGCAACUCCAGUAGAUUAUUUUAAUCAGUCUCUUUCAUAUUGUUUCACCUGGUCAGCAACAGAGAAUUCAAAUGAGCAGGUGUAACAGAUGGGGAUUUGUAACCUCUCUCCUCAGCCUGAAAUGUCUCCCCCCCCGCACCCCAGAGACGUUGUCAAGAGGGUAGGCACGUUUAUUUUCAAGACAGAGGUCUCACGUUCCAGUCAGUCUCAGUGUGAGCUGCUCUAGGAGAGAAAGUAUGAUAAGCAAGAACAGUGAUGUCUGUAACACAGGCAAUUAGGGAACUUUCUAUCAAAUUAGAUUGAUGAUCUUACUCAAUGCCUAGAAAGCCUGGUAAUCAGUUUGUGUUAAUGAACUUAGCCAUGAGUAGAGUCUGACUGUGUCAGCUACAAAUGUCCCUAAAGCUCAUCCUGAUCUUUUACUGUAUAAAAACAUUAAGUGAUGUUUGAUGUGUCUCCAGCAGAAUAACAACAGGAUGAACAUGCAAUGUGACAUGGGUGAUGUGUUUUUUGUACUGUCUAGGGGUUUUGUAGAUUUUUGGGGUUGUUUACUAUCUAGGUGUUUAUAUAUGUCUAUGGUUGCCUAGAUUGGUUCU